AUUCUGCUGCAGGGCUGAUUUCAAGGACAUGGAUUGUUGACCUCAUCCCAACACCAGAACCUCGGCGGUUAUUGUGAUUUUUGCACCAUUCCAGGCAAGUUGACUUUAUAUGGAAAUAAAAUUGAACCUUAGAGGUCUGAUGGAAAUUCACUGUGACAUUCCAAUCGAGAAAACUUGCAGAAGCCCACAGAGCCUUUCCCAGGGGGCCUGAUGGUAGCCUCCAGAAGGUGCGGCCUCAGGUGGUCCCCCUUCUUCUGUGGCAAGAAUAAACUUUGGGUCUUGGAUUGCAACACCACCUGUGGAGAAAAUGGUAUGCGAGGGAAAGCGCUCAGCCUCUUGCCCUUGUUUCUUCCUCCUGACCGCCAAGUUCUACUGGAUCCUCACGAUGAUGCAAAGAACUCACAGCCAGGAGUAUGCCCACUCCAUACGCGUGGAUGGGGACAUCAUUUUGGGGGGUCUCUUCCCUGUCCAUGCAAAGGGAGAGAGAGGGGUGCCUUGUGGAGAGCUGAAGAAGGAAAAGGGGAUCCACAGACUGGAGGCCAUGCUUUAUGCCAUCGACCAGAUCAAUAAGGACCCUGACCUCCUCUCGAAUAUCACUCUGGGUGUCCGGAUUCUUGACACAUGCUCCAGGGACACCUACGCUCUGGAGCAGUCCCUCACGUUUGUGCAGGCGCUGAUAGAGAAAGACGCUUCGGAUGUGAAGUGUGCGAACGGAGACCCACCCAUUUUCACCAAGCCCGACAAGAUAUCUGGAGUCAUAGGUGCUGCAGCCAGCUCCGUGUCCAUCAUGGUUGCUAACAUUUUAAGACUUUUUAAGAUACCUCAAAUCAGCUAUGCAUCCACAGCCCCUGAGCUAAGUGACAACACCAGGUAUGACUUCUUCUCUAGGGUGGUCCCGCCUGACUCCUACCAAGCACAAGCCAUGGUGGACAUUGUGACAGCCCUGGGGUGGAAUUAUGUGUCGACACUGGCUUCUGAGGGCAACUAUGGAGAGAGCGGUGUGGAGGCGUUCACUCAGAUUUCGAGGGAGAUUG